CGCCAUUUUCAUGCGGUCCCCUGCUGUCGCCGGUCGUCUCGUGUUAAAAACGGACGGAUUUAUCUGUGCUUUAUUAUCUUUAGAUUACGCAAAUUCGUUUUGGGUGCCGGCUGCUGCGCCCACGCGCCAAAAAUCGCGGGGGCGAUCGGAGGCUCCGGCGCGUGCUCAAAUGAGUGUGCGCACCGGCUGACGCACACGCGUAUAAAAACCUCUUUGCUGACGAAAAAAAGAAAUAGAAAUUAAAAACCAAACCGUGUUCCUUUUUCAAAAGUGACAGUGCCCGGUUCUUGACGGAAGUCGGACUUUUCAGUUCCAGCCAGUGCGUCCGAUGACUUAACGAAUCUGUGGUCGAUUUAGUUUAUGAAUGGAGUGGAAUAGGAAGUGACGUCAUGCAUAGUGUUGUGACUGUGUCAGCUUUGGUUCGGUGGGCGACGAUUUGAUGACAAUGUGCGAUCAUUAGACCGAAAAGAAUGAGACUAGUGGGCGCUGUGGCAGUGUUAUGCGCGUUGUCACAUUGCGUCGCGCAAUGGCGGUGUCCCGGGCUGAGUGCUCGGCCCGCGGCCGAAUGCUCGUGCGACCUGCCCCAUACGCUGCGGUGCACCGGAGACCACACUGCCCUUCAGAUAAUCGGCCGCCAUCUCCGAGAACAAAGAGCUAGGAACAAGAACACGGCGGUUUCUCUUCUGGACUGUGCUUUGCGAGGAGUCUCCGCGUUGUCCACUGCUUCCGUGUCGGAGCUGGCCGGAGUGGGACUUCAUGGGCUGGUCAUAUCCUCGGGGGACAUACGGAGGGUGCAGCAGGGAGCGUUCAAUAGCGUUGCGGCUACGCUACUGGCUUUGGGUUUGCCAAACAACCAAUUGCCGUCGGUGCCUACGGAGGCGUUGACGCGUCUCUGGAAUUUGGAUCGUCUGGAUUUAUCCAACAACAAAAUCCAUACUUUAGACACAAAUUCCUUCAAGGGCAUCCAGAACCUGACUUACCUGGACAUAAGCGACAACCAAUUGACGAAUAUCUCGCCAGAUGCAUUUAAACCGCUAAUUAAGAUGGCGGUCCUAAGGCUUCGAGGGAAUCUUCUUAAAGUACCCGCUUUGGCUUCGUUGAAGGAAGCUCACGUGUUAAGGGACUUGGACCUCUCGAGCAAUGCCCUGGAGGGCCCACUCGGCCCCACUACCGUGCCCGCUAUAAGCUGCUUGACCAAUCUGCAAUUGUCUGACAAUACUUUUGCUAGUAUACGUCGAGGCGCUUUGUCAGGGCUGACGAAUCUCACAUACCUAAACUUACACAACAACCAGAUAGACGUUUUGGAGGACUUCGCGUUUCGUCAUCUCACGAACCUCUCGCAUUUGGACUUGUCACAUAACGAGAUUGUUGCUGUUUCAGGUGCAUCCCUAGCUACCCUGGACAACUUAUCUCACCUGGACCUGUCUCAUAACUUCCUUCGGUCCCUCUCGGCGGAUCCUCUCAAGUCUCUCAAGAGUCUUCGUGAGCUGUUCCUUCACGACAACGACAUUUCUAUGAUCGACGAUGGUGCUCUCUCGCAGCAUAAGGAGUUGGCCAGGUUCACUAUAGAAGACAAUCCCCUGAAUUGCGACUGUUUGAUGGCCGGCUUCGCUAGAUGGCUUCGAGACGCAAACAACUUGCUACAAACUGACAAGUCAGCCGCAGUUUGUACCACACCCCCACACUUAGAAGGCGCCCUCAUCUCCCGACUCUCCAAAAACAAGCUCUGCGACGAUUUCGAAACGAAAAUCAACAUAGACGAUCCGAACUACGAUUACAAUAAAGUCAUAGCGAAUACCAUAGAUGUACAAGACAAAUACGUAGAUGUAGAAACGACUGUGCAAGAUUUGUACAUAGACAAAACAGAUGGACUGGACGACGAUGUGUAUGAUGAGGAGUUAGAAGUACCGUCUGAAGAGGAUCUUCCUAUUUCUAAAUCUAAGGUCCGUCUCCUGGACGCUUGGUACGACGACGAAGAGGUCUACCUAUCCUGGGCGGUGGAUCCACCCUCCACCAGACGCUUCCGAUGCACCGGAGUGACGGCAUCUAGAAGUGGAGGUCUUCCAAAGCACGUGGCUUGCCACAGAGCCGCACCAGCGAAUAUCCUGCUGAGGGGACUGAAGAUUAACCCAACGGAACAGUAUACGUUCUGCAUAGCCCUCGAAGAGAUGGAUAGUUCCGACACUCCGCUCUCUUUGGUGCUAGGCUGCGGUGCCCCCCAGCCGGUGCGGCAGCGGGCCACGUUUGCCACGGUGCCCCCCGUGGCGGUCACUGAGCCAGUCGAUCGGAGUCACUUGAGGGUCUCCGAAGUCCGCUCCAACGUCACCAGCGAAGGUGUUCUUACAGUCCUCAUAUCACUCAUGGGCAUUCCGCCUCCUCGUUCCCAAUUCUCCAUCAGAUCCCAAAGACUCUCCCCAGAAUCCCGGUACCCUCUAUACAACUGCUACGUCAUCCUUGCUGUACUCUCAAGAGGGUCAUUAGUAGCCCAGAAGGAUACCCCAUGUAAAGAAACACUGGAGAUAUCGAUGGAGGGAUUCAUUCGAGGGCCGUACGAAGUAUUGUACAGCAGGUGCCAGUUGACCCGUGAACUACUGAAAUUGCAAUUUUCAAGGACUUUCCUUAGCAAUUGGGUAUGUUUAAUAGAACAAGUGAGUGACAGAAACACUGCAACAAUGGUGGUCAAAUCUCCUAGAAGGAAAUACUAUGGAUUAUUUCAAAUCGGCAGUGAAUGGUGCAAAGAAGGCCGAAAAGGUGGAAAAUGUGACUUAACAUGUGAAUCCCUCCUGGAUGACGACAUCAGAGACGAUGCCAGCUGUGCCCAAAAGGUGUUCGAGAUGGAAGGUUUCAAGUAUUGGACGAAGUGGGAAGCCCGAUGUAAAGGACAGACCCUGCCUGAUAUUGAGAAGUAA